AGUUUAACUGCAUUAAUGUCCGUGAAGGAGAACAGUAUAAACAAGCUAAACACCAUCAUUUUGGAGUGCAUAAACAAAAAUAUGGCCGUCGUCGACACGUUUUCUGUUGCAGUCGCCGAAUCGUUAAGAAAUUGGACUGUUUUAUCGAUUGCUAAACAACACGGUUGUGGCGGAAGAAAUGCAGUUGAAAAGGAAGAAUGGUUAAGCAGCUCAAUAGUUCAAAUUUUUCAUGAUAAUGAUUUAGUUUAUCCAGACGAAAUUGCAGAUUUCGUAAGCGAAGCAUUAUUCAACGAAUUUGAUACAAUUGUGGAAGAUGGUUCAUUGCUUGAACUAUGCAAGAAACUCUGCUCCUAUUAUCAACUCUGUAAAAACAACAAAGUUGAAGAAGUACAAGCCGCAAUACAAACAUUGAUCUCAUCGAGUCGUCCUCUUCCGUCUGUCACUGUUUAUAAUGAUGAAGAAGAUGACAAUGACGAGGACCUGCAGAAGAAAUCUGAGGACUGUAAUAAUCGCAGAGAAAAGUUUGGAUCCAACGUUAUUUCAGACCAAGCAAUGGACGUUGAAGAAGAUGACGGCUGGGAAGUUGUUCGACGUUCGAAAAAAAAAUAGCUUACACGUAAUGUAAGGCGUAAAUUUUUUUUCGUGCAGAUAUCUCGCAGUAUAGCGACAAAAAAGAAAUCAUGACAGCUUUCCCGCCAAAAAAGAUGAUACUCACAGGUUAAUGGUGGACUGGCAUCUUGUUUGAAAUCAAUGUCAUAGAUGGUUAGACAUUAACAUUCGCCCUAUUAGGGAGUUGCAGGAUUUGUUUUCUCUGAGAAAAGUACAGAAGUAUGAAAUAUUAUGAGAAAAGUAUAUAUAUAAACGGUUGAUGUUUUGUAGGUUAAUUUCUUUGGAAAUAUGAACUUUUACGUGGA